ACAUUCUGUAAACAAAGAUGGAUGCUUAGAGGUUAAAAUUCUUCUUUCAAAGUUUCAAUAUUUGAAAGUAACGAUUUUAACCAGUAAAUAAAAGUUCAUACUUUUUAUAUAAAUGGAUUUCCUGUACUUUGUAUUUCCAAUCUUAAUGUUUAAUAAAUAAAAUGCCAUAUGAAAUUCCAUAAAAAGCAAUAAAUUAGCCUUAAAUUGCUAAUAAUAUGUGUUCAAAUGAAGAAGAUACAAACACAAUCGUUGAACGAUUUAAAAAAGAUUACAAUGAACAAUUUUUUAUUCUCAUAAGAAUGCAUUUAUCUUUUUUAUUAGAUACGCAAACAGAUGAUAACGAUUCGGUAGCUGAAAAAGGCAGGAUAAAAAAAUGGAAUCUAGUACCAUUCUCAAAAAAAUCGAAACUUCGUAAUGUAAUGGAAGGUGCUCCUUUAACACAAGAAGGAGUCUGUCAGAUAUUUCAUUUAAUAGAGUUUCUAAAAAAUGAAGAUAGUAUUAAAAGUGAAGGUAUAUUUAGAAGGACAGGUUCUUUAGAAAGGCAGCAAGAUUUAAAGAGUUUUCUAAAUCAAGGUUCUACUAUAGAUACAAUCUGUAGUGGUAAUUACAGUGUACAUGAUUGUGCUUCAGUUCUUAAAGGAUUUCUACAAGAAUUACCGGAACCUCUGUUGACAGAAGGUCACUUUCCGGUAUAUUGUCAAUUAGCAGAUCUUUACUGCGUAAAUAAUGAAAUACUUCAAGAACAGAAAUUAUUAGAAGCACUACAGUUACUAAUUCUAUUACUCCCUACAGAAAACAAACAUCUACUGAAAGAUAUAUUAGAACUACUCCAUCUCACAUCUUCUCAUGAAAAGUACAAUAGAAUGUCACCUGAUAAUUUAGCUAAACUUUUUACUCCCCAUCUAUUAUGUCCAAGAUCUCUUUCGCCUACAGUAUUAUUAAAAGUAUCUCAAAACCUUUUUACAAUAGUAAGUUUUAUGAUAAAAAGAUUCCCCGAUUUAUUCGGAGUACCAGCUAAACUAAUCUUAGAUUUUCGAGCGAAAUAUGAAAAGAAACAAAUUCUAUCGCCUGUGAAACAUCUUAACGAAUCCACCGCAGACGUAGCUAGUACAGUUUUCACCUUCGUCGAUCAAGAACGAACAGCUAGAGAGAAUGAAUCGAAUCCUACAGAGACUGCUUUGGCACAAUUAUACGCGCACAUUCAGAGUCUUCCAGAAUCUUCUAAAAAAAGAAAAUUGAUCAAACAGUUCAAUAAAGAGAAUGGCUAUGGGACACCUUUGCAAGUUAUUAAGAAUAAUAAAAAUAAAAGCUUCGGAGAUUCAAUCAAGAAACAUAUUUUUCAGAAACAUUUAGCUAGGAAAAAACGGUUUUUAGUCAAAGAGUCUCCAAUUGGAUCGAGGUUUAAUAGCCCUUCUGGCUCACCAUCUCUAGCUACUCGUGCUCGUCUUCUUUGCCACUUCAAUUGCGAAUCCAGUACUGAUAUAGCAGCGAAACGUAAAAGAACUAGCAGGAGCUGUGAACGGUUAACAUAUCAAGAUGAAUGCGAGGACGAAGGUAAGAGUUUUUCAGAACCCGAGAUGUCUGAGAGGGAGGAUUUUAUGGAGUAUAAAAAUUAUCUUACAAGUACACCAGCAUGUUUCCCUCUUAAAGUGUGCGAUGAUUUUACACCAGAUCGACAGGGCAGGAAAUCGAUGUCUCCUAUUACCAUGUCAGCACAGAGAAUGCCUAGAGCUAUGCAGGAAACAAUGAUGACUCCCAGAAGUCGAAAACCAGUUUUACUUUUAUCCGGUACCAAUAUAAACUCAUUACCGAAAACAGAACAGAGUUGUACUAUGGAUGAUGUUACAGAAGAAAAAUUCGAUACUCCAAUCUUUAAUGAAGAUCAUAAUAUUGCAGAAACACCAUCGUUUUCUAAAUGCCAGAAUAUUGCAGCUGAUAAAAUUAAAAGCGAAGGGGCCAUCGUUAAAGACAGAGUAGAAAUAUUGAAGAUGAAUAAAACCGAAAGUGGAGAUACUUUAAGUGAUACUUUUAAAGAAUAUUUAAGUAAUAGGGAUAUUGUUGCAAUUUACUCCCCACAAGAUUCGAGUUUUUCUAGCAGAACUGACGAUUUUAAUUCCACGGAAUUUACAAAUCAACAAUUGACUGAUUCUUUAUUGUACUGUUUGGAUGGUAAGAAUCCUGAAAAUUUGAACGAUACCAAAGAAGAAAAACAAUUGGUGCUGAAACCGAAACAAUUCGACAAAAAUGGAAAACCCAUUAUUUUUGAAACUUCUUUUUGACCUUUACUCUAGAUUAUUAUUAGAGUAUUGUAGAAAAUAUAGAUAUAUUUAUAUACAUUUCAAAUAAAGAAACUUUUUCUAGUAA